GGUGUGGGGCGGCAGGGCUAGAGCGUUGGACUAGUAACCGGAAGGUUGCAAGUUCAAAUCCCCGUGCCGACAAGGUACAAAUCUGUCGUUCUGCCCCUGAAUGGGCAGUUAAGCCACUGUUCCUAGGCCGUCAUUGAAAAUAAGAAUUUGUUCUUAACUGACUUGCCUAGUUAAAUAAAGGUAAAAUGUGAAAAUAAAAGGUGUAAUAAUCAAUAUGCCCUAAUGGGGACCCAUUUGGACCUGAGGGAAGAUGUCCAGGUGCUGGUCCAGCUGGCCAGGAAUCAGGAGCGGCCCGUGGGCACCGAGGAGGCCCAGCAGCUGGCGCAGGAUAUCGGGGCCGUGUCCUUCGAAGAGUGCUCGGGUCUGACCCAGAAGAACCUGAAGGAGGUGUUUGAACUGGCCAUCUUGGCCAGCAUCCAGCCGGUGGAGAACGUUCAGCAGCUCCAGCAGAGGCAGAGCCUGAGGAAGAAGACCCCGGAUAAGAUUAAGAGUCUCUCUGAGACUUGGUGGAAGAAGCUGAGCUGUGUUGUUCUGGCAGGAGAGUGUGUGGGAGAAGAGUUUGACUGAACCCCCAAGCAGCUGUUUAGGAUUUGACAUUUUUCUAAGCUUGUGUUUAGUCUUUAGUUUUUUUCACUCCAUAUAUAUAGCACUCAGGAAAACAGACCUGGAUCAAUAAUAUGUUGGAAGAAAUGUAAAUGUAUUAUCCAAAGACUUAUGGAAUUAUUUAAUAUCUAAAAAGGAGAAGCACUAAAAAUAAUUAUCAUUGCUGGCAAGAUAAUGAAUGAGUUUCAGCGUCAGUGAUACCUUAUGUUAACUACGGGUAGGACAAGGUUUUGUGUUCAAAGGCCUUGACGAGGGCACAACAAGUCUGAAUUAAGUGAUUGGAUUUGAGUUAGCAAAUCCAAUAGCUGGGGAGACUACUAAUGAAAUGACUGACUUCACAAUGAUCUCUGUGUUAUUCUGUGUAACCCCCAUCAAGGGUCAAAGGUCACCAUUGGAGAAUGUUGUGGAGGAUUACGAGAAACUAGCCAGUAGAAACUCUAACGCCAAACCAUAAACUUACUUUGUCUGCCAUUUUGACAAAGUCUCUCAAUGCUAUUUACUAACCAAUAUCAGAUCAUGUACAAUGACUGCUCUUUCAAGUUCAAGUAGUCCAAAGCACUGUUCUUGUAUCAGUUGUUGACAUUGCUGGACAUCCCAACCAAACACAGCAAAGGAUACUGUAGUUUCCCAGUCAGAUUGACUCUAAUCUGACUCUAAUUUGCAGAUCAGUUGGUAUGACUUUCCCCCCUGAUCCCUGGGCAGGUCUGUCGUGGUGAUGAAUUGUAUUGGUUCUCCGGUGGAGGCCGUACACAGCUUUCUAAUAGGACGAGACAGGACCACCUGGAUUGGAUUAGCUGGGCAUAUGGUGGCUGACCCAGUCGCCUGAAUCCAUCACACCGUAGCCCUGCUCUGAUGUCAACCAUGACCGUCUGCCUAGGAAGACGAAGCAAGACUCAGACCCUGUCACCCUGCUGCUGGAACUUUACCAUAAAGAGAACAGAGAUCACUGGGGGACGGGGUUCAUAUCAGUAGAGAUGCAUUUCAAAGAAGCGAGAGAUGUUAUUUAUUAUUGUUAGUUGGCAAAUACUAUCUGCAAGUGGAGAUAUUUCUGAAGCACAAAGUAUUUAAAUGAUUUCAAAUAAAUCCUGAUAUUGAUAGAAAACAUGAACGCUUUUACUGAAUACUGAUAU